UCUAAGAACCACAAUUCCCGGCAGCCACCUCGCCGUGGAAGCACCGCCUUACGCUCUCAGCCGAACUAAGCAGUGCGCCAGAGAAAGGCCCGUCUCCGCCCAAUCGGAGAAAAGACGACCGUCGCCCAAGCAAUCACAGCUGUGGAAUAGAGGCAGAGGGCGGGGCUAUAGCGGGAGUAGGUUGAGAGGUCGCAGCGAAGGGAGGUAAAAUCAGUCGGUGGUGAUAGUCUGUCGGUGGGGUGGAAAUGCCGGUUCAUGCCAGAGAGAAGAAGGAGAGUAACCACAAUGAUAUGGAGGUGGACUACCCGGAGAAUGAGGGCAGCACCACCGAGGAGGAGGACACCGACAGCUCCAGCGGCAGCGAGGAGGGAGACAGCUCGGAGAUGGACGAUGAGGACUGUGAGAGGCGACGAAUGGAAUGCCUUGAUGAAAUGUCAAACCUCGAAAAGCAGUUUACGGAUCUUAAAGAUCAACUUUAUAAAGAGCGGUUGAGUCAAGUUGAUGCCAAAUUACAAGAAGUAAUAGCUGGUAAAGCUCCAGAAUACCUAGAACCACUUGCAGCUUUGCAGGAGAACAUGCAGAUCCGGACAAAGGUGGCAGGAAUCUACCGUGAGUUGUGCCUAGAGUCUGUAAAGAACAAACAUGACUGUGAAAUCCAAGCCGCCCGCCAACACUGUGAGAGUGAGAAGCUUUUACUGUAUGACACUGUUCAAAGUGAACUAGAGGAGAAGAUCCGCAGACUGGAGGAAGAUCGUCACAGUAUUGAUAUUACAUCUGAGCUGUGGAAUGAUGAACUACAGUCGCGGAGGAAACGCAAAGACCCUUUCAGCCCAGAUAAGAAGAAGAAGCCUGUUGUUGUUUCUGGUCCAUAUAUUGUUUACAUGUUACAAGAUCUGGAUAUACUUGAAGAUUGGACUACAAUCAGAAAGGCAAUGGCAACACUGGGUCCUCAUCGAGUAAAGCCAGAAGUUCCAGUAAAGAUGGAAAAACAUCAGCAUGCGGCAAGAUCAGAGGAUGGGAGGCUGCAUUAUGAUGGAGAGUGGUACGGACGAGGGCAGGCGAUCUGUAUAGACAAGAAAGAUGAGUACCCAACCAGUGCUGUCAUCACAACUAUAAAUAGCGAUGAGGUUUGGUUUAAAAGACAAGAUGGCAGCAAAUCCAAACUAUACAUUUCUCAGCUUCAAAAAGGGAAAUAUAGCAUCAAGCACAUCUGACUACCUGAAUACAUUGGAAUCUAUACAAGACCUUUUGGGGAUCAAAACUGUGCCAAGUCAUGGGAAGUCUGUUGACCUGCUCUUAUGACUAUUAUUUUCAAGUAUUAUCAGGAAUGUGUAUGUGAGCAUGUAGUGUAUGAUUUCAUGAUUGUGUGAAUCUGUACGUACAGUAUUGUGUAUAAAAUCUCAAGAUAAUCAUUUAUGGGUAAAUAUAUUUGUGCAUAUCAUGGGUACAAUGUCUGAAAUACCUCCUGACCUCAGUGAGCAAUGUACAUUUUACAGAUGAGAAGUCUGCAGAAGGAUGUCUAAAGGUACUCCUAGAUGUUACGUGCCAUGGUGUAAUACUAAGCCGUGCUUGUGUGUGUUUGUUUUUUUCAGAGGAUGCAGGACCAUUAUAAAUGGUUGCAACCUCUGGUCACUGAGCUGGAAGAAAAGUUGGUCAGAUAGCCAGACUGGACUUUUUUUUAUUUUUUGGCCAGUUUUCUGAUCCAAAAAUUGAUAAGCUUGGUUUGACGGUUUAGUCUAUAUAUGGAUUCUAAGAUAUCUUCUAAAAGACUGAAAGAACGGCAUAGGAAGAAGGUUUUUAGGUAAUUUCUUAAUGAAUGACUUGCAGCUGUGGACGUUUUGUGUAAACUGACUUUUUUGUGAAUUCUUGGCUUCCUACGGGAACUGCAUUCAACUGGUAAAAUUAGUAGAAGGUGCCCAUAUUGACAUUUAGUCUCACUGGGAAGCCCAAUGUAACGAAGAAAUGUGCUGUAAUAUUCCGUUUUAAAACAGAUUUAAUAUAUGCUUUUUUAAAUUCUUCACAAAAGAACUCAACACUAUUAUGGCUGUAUUAAGGGUCAGUAAACCUAAGUUACAACACUGUAUUAAGUACUAUUUCCAGAUGUGUAUUAAAAGGUUCUGGAGCUCAUCAGAACUGUAAAUUUC